CCCCCCCCUCUUUCUCUCUGCAAAAUGGCAAAAAAAACUCUGCUCAUUUUAGCAUUCACGAGCCUCUUCAUAGGCCUAGCAGCCGCAGACUGGAACAUUUUGGACCAAAAAUGGAGAAAAGCAAGAAGAAAUAGCCUGAAAAACUACUGUGAAAGUUGGAGGAUCAAUGUUGAGCUGAACAACAUAAGGGAGUUCGAAGUAGUGCCCCAAGAAUGUGUAGAUUACAUUAAGAAGUACAUGAUUUCAUCACAGUACAAGGCUGACUCUGAGAGAGCAAUUGAAGAAGUGACCUUAUACUUAAGCAGUUGUUGCCCUUUCGAAAGUGAUGGUAAAGAUGCAUGGAUUUUCGAUGUUGAUGACACACUGAUUUCUACUAUUCCUUACUUCAAGAAACAUGGUUUUGGGGGAGAGAAGGUGAAUUCAACUUCUUUGGAGGCAUGGAUGAAAGAGCGCAAGGCACCGGCUCUAGACCACACACUCAAGCUCUUCCAUGAGAUCAAAGAUAGAGGAGUCAAAAUCUUUCUAAUCUCUUCAAGAAGGGAAACCCUUAGAUCUCCUACUGUUGAUAAUCUCAUCAAUGUUGGAUGCCACGGAUGGACUAGUCUCAUCUUAAGGAGUCUUGAUGACGAAUACAUGCAUGUGCAACAAUACAAGUCCCAGGUGAGGAAAAGAUUAGUGGAUCAAGGGUACCGCAUAUGGGGAAUCAUCGGAGAUCAAUGGAGCAGUUUAAAGGGCCAGCCAGAUGCGAAGAGAACAUUCAAGCUUCCAAAUUCCAUUUACUACCUGUCUUAAAGCUUUUUCUGAAUCAAUUAUAUGCCUCAUCUGUUGCAUCCUAAAUGUUUACAAUCUACAGAUUUGUCUUAAUCCAAUCAAAUUAAACAUUGGUUAUUGUUAUUAUGGCAUCCCAUUUAAUCUGCUUUGUAUUUUCUCGUGGUUGUUCCAGUAUCCAAAAUAAAAAAAUC